AAAGUUGGGAGAACUUUAUCUUGGAGUUAGUAACGAUAAAUUUGACUAUCAACAAAUACGUAAUUAAUCAAAAAAGAAGGAUCUGUUUUACUUUCUGACAGCUAAAUCGAAGGAAAGAUGGCGAUGGACUGCUGUGGACGAUUUGGAAAAGCUCUCUUAAUCGGCAUCAACAUUUUGUUCUUUUUACUUGGUGCUGGUUUACUGGUAGCGGGGAUAGUAGCGAAUGUCAAUGUCAUAGCCGACGAGGUAUUGCCCGCGCUAAACAAGGUGGAAUUGGCAGGAAACGACCUGGGGAAUUUUUUUCAUUUAAUACCGUUUAAUAAUGAAACUAAGGAGGUCUUGCUCAAGUCCCUGCAGGAAAACUAUAUCGACGAAUCUUUGAGUUCUACCAACGAUAUUUCUAAUGCAUGGAACUAUGCAUUUUUAAAGUUUAAUUGCUGCGGCGUUAAUAGAGUACAAGGGACUACAAACGAUUUUGACCUCACCCCUUGGUGUACAACUUCCGGUGAAUGCCAACAAACAAAUGCGCAGAUUCCUAGAACCUGCUGUGUGGGAGUUACUGAAUCAAACUACAAAUCCCAGGCCCCGGCUGACUGUUACGCCAGCGUUUCCAAAGACUACAAUACUCAGGGCUGCUAUGAUCGGUUUCAACAGUUAGUUCAAACUUCAUCAGCACCGGUCAUUGGAGUCGCAAUUACCGUUAUGGUAAUCGAGCUUUUGGGCUUUGUUUUUUGCCAUUGUCCUAUGUAAGCAGACGGGAUCCGAGUCUAUGGAGGUGUAAUGUAACAGCCAAGAUACUACACUGACGACAGUAGUGUCAAAAAGAACUCCAGCUCAACAUUACUGUCAAGCCAUUCAGCCACUAUAUUCCUAUACAACACUCCUGUACUAAGCUUCUAUAUAUCCUUGUUAAAGCAUAAAUAGUAAUUUAGACAAUGUAAAUUCUAUAAUCUUAUUAUUUUCAUGAAUAUAAAUUAUGUUUUCUGGUUUAAGUAUAUAAUUCCUAUUGAAACAGUUUUAAAUCAAAUUAUAAUGUGUAAAGGUUUC